GCCAAUCAGGAAGGAAAGGGCAAAUCACUUGGAGGGGGAAGGUGGGGCAAGGUCAUUCUGCAGUAAAAGAGAGCUUGUUUCGGGUGCUCCCUCCCAUUUCUAGGGUACUGUGAUUGGCCUGGAGCAAGGACCUAGCUGAAACCUGGCCUCAAUUCAUGGGAACAGCUGGAAAGAUCCAUCUCCGCAUCACCGAAUCACCUCUGCAUGAGUGGACCUCUAGAAACUGCCAUUUGGCUUGUGUGCAGGGAAGAGGUUGCCAUGAUCAGUCUCUACAUGUAUGUGCACAUCUGACUUGUUUCUCUGGAUUUCAGCCUAAUCUGACCAAAAUGGCCCAGGUAGUUCCUAUCAGCGCUGGAGAUGAGAACUGCUCCUACACACGUUUGAAUCGGUCCUUUGGUGUCUUCAGUAAAAGCAGACUUGAAACCCCAGCUUGCCAGGAGCAACCUCUGCCUCACUCUGUGAACCCAAAGAAGAUGAAGAGUGGCCAAAAGACCUGCUGCAAACAGCGAAUGCAGACUCCUACCAUUGGGCUCGAGACAUGCUCAAUUCCUCCAGUCAUCCUGGGGCAGGCUGCCCCAGGGGGUUGUGGAGUCUCCUCCUCUGCACAGAAAUGCAUUCAGACCUUCAGCAUCCUGCAGGAGACAGACCACAGCCUGCUCCCUGCCUGCAAGCCUACAAAAGGAGUGGAGAUUCAAGGCCAUGGGAUCAUUUAGGUUGGAAAAGACCUCUACAAUCAAGCUCAACCAUUCUCUUACUCUACCAAGGCUGGUGCUACACCAUGUCUCUCAGCACCACAUCUUCUCAUUUCUUAAACACCUCCAUAGACAGUUCUCCUCCCCAGGGAGCCUGUUCCAGUGUUUGAGAACUCUCAGUGAAGAAGCUCCAUCUCAUGUCCAACCUAAGCCUCCACUGGUGCAACUCGAAGCCAUUUCCUCUCAUCCUGUCCCUCGCUACCAGGGAGAACAGAGUGACCCCACUACAACCUCCUCUCAGGUGGUUCUAAUACCCAAACUAAAAUUCCUUAUCCCUUCUCCUGCCACAGUGCUCAUCCAGACUCAGGAGGGGUGGAGAUACUGGGCAGUGUUACAGCUGUUCAUGUCUAGGAGCUCACCAAACAAAUAAGCCCCCGCUCUAAUUUCAUUGGCUCACACUGCUUAUUUUUCCUCUCCCAUAAUUAUUUUUAAGGGGAAAUUUCAUUUUGCUUAAUGGGAACAAAGUUUGACACUCCAAGAGCUUUGUCUUCUGCGGCCUGGUAAGUGGUUUUCUGGUUGACUUGAAUUCUUUUUAAAGCAGCCCAGCAAACUCUCUGUGUUUAAGUGGCACUUCUCAGUAAGGUGAAAUACUUUGCUCUCGUAGGAUCAUCUGUUUCUAAAGAGACAGCAGACUACAUACUUCAGGCUCUUUCUUCUUUUGCCCACAGCCAACCAAGUAUCCAUCUCAAGUACUAUGUCUAGUUCUGGUGUCCCUGUCAUAACAGGGGCCACAAAGAUGAUCCAAGGGCUGGAACACCCCUGCUAUGAGGAUAGGCUGAGGGAGCUGGGGUUGUUCACCCCUGGAGUUUUCUCCAAGCUGACCUUACAGCUGCCUUCCAGUACCCGAAAGGAUCCUACAGGAAGGCUGGAAAGGGAGAAUGGUUUUAAAUUGAGAGCUUAGACUGGAUCUUAGGAAGACGUUCUUCAGUACAAGGGUGGUGAGACUAUGGAAUAUGUUACCCAAGGAGGCUGUCAAUGCCUUCUCCCUGGGGCUGUUCAAGACCAUGUCGGAUGAGGUUUUGAGCAGUUGAGAGGUUGGAACCAGACGAUCUCUGAGGUCCCUUCAAACCUAAGCCAUUCUAAGGUGUGCUCUGAACUGGGUGCACCAAUUGGAGCUGAGCAGAAGGGAAAAGAGGGCAGGAUAGGAGCUCAGUGCAGAAGGACCAUAAAGAAAUACCAAAUCAGCUCAGGAAAAGGAAACAGUUUAUUUAAUUCUUUAGUUAUUUAUUUCUAAGUACAGAUGGUGUGGGGGGAAAAAAGGCUAUGAGAAGACCAAAAGAUGGGUGUGCUAUAUAUAGAUGUACAGCUGUUUCCUUCAGGUGUUGUAACUCAAAAACGUAGGAUGAUUAAUUUUGAGAGAUGAAAUGUAUAGCAGAGUCUGAUUACAUCUGAGUGUCUGUAAUUUAGCUACUUAGUAAAAUUAACUUGACGUUUUUACUGAGCUGUGAGGACAAUAAUGUUCAGUCUCUUCACACAAGUUCGCCUGCAUGCUCCUCCCUUACUUUCCCUCCCUCCCUCGUUCUCAAUUUGCAAAGCUUAUUUUUACAUUUUUCUGGCAUCUUUCCUCUAAUCCAGACAAAUGAGUUUGCCUCCCUCUGCUGUCAGCUACAGACAAGGGCCUGUCCCCACGGAGCUUUCCUGUCCCUUGAUGGAGUUGUAGGUGGGGGGCUCCAAGGCACAGGAAGACAUGCCUCCCUUCGCCUCCCUUCGCCUCCCUUCGCCUCCCUUCGCCUCCCUUCGCCUCCCUUCGCCUCCCUUCG